CUGGGCUGACCAAAUGCUAUAAUGCGCACCCACAGAACAGCGCAUCUUAGCAUCUCACUUUCAUGAAAAUUGCUUCCAUUACAAAACUCAGAAGUCCAAUGGUGUUGAUUUGACGAACUUAACCAAAAAAUAAACAAUGUAUAUAUAAUUUUAAAAAAAAUUAAAAGAUAAAGAAAAAAAAAUUCAAAUCCCAAAAUACUUUUUAAAUUCUCUCUUUGAAAAGUUCUCUCAAAUCUUGAAAAGGGUCUCAGUUUUUCUGCCUCAAUAUCUCAAAUUUCUCUGCUUUUGGUCUAUUACUGUUGUGAGUUGUGACCCUUGAUGGGUUUUCUCUAGGCAUGUGCAGCUUUUGAGGUCUGGGCUUAAAUGGGUUCAAGAUGCCUAGGUCCAUGUUUUGAUGUUCAAGACCUGUGUCGUUAGGAGCUUCUCUAGAUUCUUCUGAUCCUGUUUCUGAAAGAAGUCUCAAGGAAGACAUAAGUAAGGUUUAGCGAAGGGCGAAUGAAGCCUCAAAUAUCAUGAGUCAAAGGGUGUGCUAAAUAAGUUUUCCUGUCCAUUAGGAAGAGCAGAUAACAGGUCACCAAUUGCAAUGAAGCCUUUUGAAAAUAAUGAAAAUGACUUGGAAAAUGGUUUCGACAAAGACACAGAGAAAACAACUCGAAGUACCAGGGUGACGAAAAUACCCAAUCAAGCCUUAUUGUCUGGCCUUGCAUAUUGCAUUUCCUCAUGCAGCAUGAUAUUGGUUAACAAGUUUGUUCUUUCCAGUUAUGAUUUUAAUGCUGGUAUAUUCUUGAUGCUGUACCAGAAUUUUAUUUCAGUUUUGAUUGUGUCUACAUUGAGUUUUCUAGGCAUGAUAUCAACAGAACCACUAACAUGGAGAUUGGUUAAGGUCUGGUUACCUGUGAAUUUUAUUUUUGUUGGGAUGCUCAUUACAAGCAUGUUUAGUUUGAGAUACAUUAAUGUUGCUAUGGUCACUGUCCUGAAGAAUGUUACCAAUGUGAUAACUGCUGUUGGUGAAAUGUAUCUGUUCAGUAAGCAUCAUGACAACAGAGUCUGGGCUGCUCUAUUCCUAAUGAUCAUUUCAGCAAUUUCUGGAGGGAUUACUGAUCUAUCUUUUCAUGCUGUUGGCUACACAUGGCAGCUUAUUAAUUGCUUCUUAACAGCAUCAUAUUCUUUGACUCUACGUAGGGUCAUGGAUACAGCAAAACAGGUUACUAAAUCUGGAAACUUGAACGAGUUUUCAAUGGUCUUGCUCAAUAACACCCUAUCCUUGCCUUUAGGGAUUCUUCUAAUUUUUGUUUUCAAUGAGGUGGAUUAUCUCUUCAAAACGCCACUUUUGAGAUUGCCAACCUUCUGGCUGGUAAUGACAUUGAGUGGAUUUUUGGGACUGGCAAUCAGCUUCACUUCUAUGUGGUUUCUUCAUCAAACUGGGGCUACAACAUACAGCCUUGUGGGUUCGUUAAAUAAGAUCCCUCUGUCUGUUGCCGGCAUCCUCCUUUUCAAAGUUCCUACCAGCUUGGAGAACUCCGCAAGCAUAUUCUUCGGUCUUUUGGCUGGAGUAUUCUUUGCUAGGGCCAAAAUGCGUGAGAGAUCUCAAACCUAAAAGGCAGUGAAAGUUAUGGUUCUUUACAUGAUAACCAACUUUUGCACUCUCGUGUAAACUGCAUCGGACUGCUUGACUAUCCCAUGAAGUUGUCAGGAAUAGUCAGUCAAGAAGUGUUGUAUGAAAAGUAUGUAGAAGGAGUGAAGAUCUUGGCCCGUUUACAAGUGCUUUCCUCUUGAAUUUCCUUCUAACAAAGGAGAGCAGCCUUCUAUUGGAAUGGAUUGAGUGUCUGGGUUUGUUUUACUGAGGGAAAAUGCCAUCACUAAUUCCUUUUCAGAUAUGUAUUGUGAAACGUAGCUCUUAUCUUUACCCACAUGUAUCUUUGUUGUAUCUUAUAGAUUUUCACAUUGUAUUUGAAACCUUCAUAUCUACAUAAUGAAUUAAACGAGCUGCUCAAGAUAAUGGUGAAAGUGGAUUUUACUUCAACAAGUGAAUGCAAACAAGCUUUUGGCUUGCAUUUUGAUAAAGAAAUGUAAUUGAUUGAUAUAGUCAUACCUGAGA